AUCACGUGUUUACAGACAUGACAACAAGUCCAUGCACUUCCUUUGAAAUCCGAAAAUGAUCUUGAACAUACAAACCCUGCCUCUGGCGCGCUGCACGUGUCCCUGUGUUUCUUUCUGUGUCUUGUAUUCUAUUGGCGGGAUUAUAUAAAUAUCAAGAGCCCAGAUGCCUCUAUAUUGUAGUCGUUUCAUGGUUGCACCCUGCAAACGGACCUUGGGAGACGUUGUUCCUGACCACAGCUCCAGAGUGUUCAGGCGAUGCUGGAGAAGGUUGUGGCAUCCAGGGAGGCUCUAUACUGGCUCAGUGACUUCAAGCCCUGAUUCUGAGUUCAGAAAUUCAGAGAUGUCGACCCAAAGUGAGAAACCCUUUCACACGCCAGUCAUGGUGAAGGAAGUGUUGCAGUUUCUGGACAUCAAACCAGGGCAGGUGGUCCUGGACUUGACCUUUGGGGCUGGAGGUCACUCGAAAGCCAUCCUGCAGUCGGUUCCCGGUGUAACGGUGGUGGCAGCAGAUCGUGACCCCAAAGCUUUCCAAAUGGCUCAGCGUUUAGCUGAAGAAUACCGGGGCCAGGUGAAGCCAGUACUAGGGAGGUUCAGUGAGCUGAAUAACCUGCUCCCAGCACUGGGUUUGCGUCCAGGAGGUGUGGAUGCUGCCCUUCUGGACGCUGGAUGCUCCUCCAUGCAGAUGGAUUCAGCAGAGAGAGGCUUCUCCCUCAGCAAGGAUGGACCGCUGGACAUGAGGAUGGAUGGAGACAGGUACCCCGACAUGCCCUGCGCGGCUGACGUGGUCAACGCCUUGGAUCAACAGGCGCUUGCGUCCGUGCUGGCCGCGUACGGGGAGGAGCGGCACACCAGGAAAAUUGCGGCGGCCAUCACACAGGCACGCAGCGUCUACCCCAUCGGCCGGACCCUGCAACUGGCCAGCAUCGUAGCAGGAGCGUUUCCAGCGAGCGCGCUGUACGCUCGGCGUGACCGCCUGCAGCGCCCUUCACACGUUGCCACCAAAACCUUCCAGGCCUUACGGAUAUUCGUGAAUGACGAGCUCAAUGAGUUGCACGCCGGCCUGCGUGUGGCGCAGACCCUGCUCCGUCCCAAGGGGCGACUCUGUGUUCUCACUUUCCACUCCUUGGAGGACCGGUUGACCAAGCGUUUCCUCCGUGGAGAGGACCUGGCCGCCCCUCCGCGCCGCAGCCAUCGCCAGCGAGCCAAAGCCCGUCUUGGGUUAGAGGGAGAAGAGCAUGAGGAGGAGGAAGAGAAUGAAGAAGAGGAGAAAGGGCGAGAGAGCAAACAUUGGGUCAGUCUGAAGAAGGUGAUAAAGCCAAGUGAAGAAGAGGUCCAGGAAAACCCAAGAGCUCGAUCAGCUAAACUCAGAACAGCAGUAAGACGAUAGAGAACAGAUGCUUUUUACUAGAUUGCUAAGGAAAGAAAGUACAAAGCUGUCACUGGAGAGGUAUAUUAUUUCCUAAAGUGUACAUAUUAAUACUUAUUUAAAGUGUACCGGCCCAGUGGCAGUUUGUGCUUUUUUUCUGGGUGUGUACACGUGUAGUUUUAUUCACAUCAGUGUGUUUCGGUUAUUUUGAAGUAAUACAAAAUAAACAAUAGAACUCCAGAAUCAGUUUUUUAAUUUGUUGUUAAAAAUGUCAGUGGUGUGGGAAUGAAGUCUGAAAGAAUUUUCAUGUACACUUCGCAUAACACUUUAAAUAUCAUAACAUAUUAAAAAUUAUUCUUUUUUUUUAAUCAGUUUUCUAUGUUUUAAGUUUUAUUUCUAAUUUGUGUUGAGUUUGUUAUUUUUCAGUGUAGUUUUCAUUUUCACUUUAUCAGAAUUUUUUUAAAAGUUCUGAUUUAUUUUAAUUUAAAUCUUUUAUUUUAGUUUUACUAGUUUAGGGCUUCCAAAGUUAAAGGGAUAGUUAGGAAAGAAGAUAUUUUGGUAACCUACAGUUGAUGGUAGCCAUUGACUUUCAUAAUAUUUUUUCUCAAAUUAUGGAAGUCAUUGGCUACCAUCAGCUGUUUGGUUACCAACAUUAUUCGAAAUGUCCUCUUUUGUACUUGACAGAAGAAAGAACAUCAUACAGGUUUGGAACAACUUGAGGGUGAAUGAUGAUAGAACUUUUAUUUUCGGGUAAACUGUCCCUUUAAUGUAGUAUCUGGUAUUAUUUAAAAAUGUUUAAACAGUCUGUUGUUAUUGCUUAGUGACAUUUUCAUGUUUACUGCAGGUGGUUUGUACAGGUUUCAAGUUUCCGCAUAAGUCUAAAAACAAAAUAUCAUAACUGGAUCUUCCAGUAAGAACUACAGGCCCCUCUGCUGAUGUAUGCCAGAAUUCUCCAAACAUGUAGUUUGCUUAACCCCCCCCCCCUUUUUUUUUUUACAAUCGAUUGCAAGCUGAUUGCAUCCAUGGAUAGAACCAAGUUCCUGCCCUACAUUUUUCUUUUUCAAAAGUCUGCUUCACUUGGAUGUACAUCACAGUACAAAGAAAUAUACUUGUUACAUCAUAGCUUUAAAUUGUGGCUAUUUUUAUUUGUGUAAAGUUAAGUUUUGGAGUCAUAAAGUUUUUUGUUUUAGUUACAGUUAGCUCUUAAUUUUUCUUCAAACAAAAAUGUUUUAUACUGUAUGUAGUUUUCGUUCAGGAUAAUAACUGUCUGUCACUCAAGGUUGCAUCCAUCUUUUACCUGCUGAGCUGCCACCUUCCCAUUGCACCAAUAAACAGACCUUACCACA